UAACUGGGAGAGGCUGGUGGCUGCUGCUAUAAAGAAACAGCAGAUAUGGGAGCUCUGCCAUCGAUCUUCUAGCACCCUCUCCGAUGCUUCGUAUCUGUCUUCUUCCUUUAGCGAUCCGAGCUUCGAAAUUUCAAGAUCACACAAGCUGGUUCUGGUCUCACAGUUUUGCCCUGCUUUUGAUGUCGAAGAUGCAGCCUUGGCUUCUGUGAAGUUGCUCGGGGCCGGAACCUUUGGGAGUGCGUACAUGGCUAUGAUCGAGGAUCAGCCAAGAUUUGUGGUGAAGAGUCUCAGGUCGGAGGGUAUCUCUGAACUGGAUUUCAGGCGGAUCAUGGAGAUGUUAGGCACGAAAAUGUGGUGGCGUUAAGAGCUUAUUAUUCUUCGGUGGAUGAAAGGCUUAUGCUGUAUGAUUAUUACAGUAACGGAAGUGUGCAUUCAUUGUUACAUGAUAUCUUAUCAAGGGCAUUUGACGAUUUCGCUUUUCACUCUAAAUCACUUACACAUUUAGAUGUUAAGAUUUCACAGGCCAAACGGCAGAUGUAGACUGGGAAACCAGAGUAAAAAUUGCCGUUGGCAUUGCUGAAAUACACAAAAAACUUGGCGGGAUGCUUGUCUAUGGAAACAUUAAGGCAUCAAAUAUUUUUCUCAAUCAACAACUAUACGGCUGUGUAUCAGAUUUCGUCUUGUCAAACAUGAUGAAAUCUAGACUCAAACCAACUUCAUCAGAUGUGUAUAGCUUAGGAAUUCUGCUACUCGAGCUUCUAACUAGAAAGAAUCCUGCAGCUGUUAACCUAGUCAAGCUGGUUAAUUCAGUUAAAACUAAUGAGAGGGCUGCUAACGUUUUCGAUCCCGAUCUAUUGAAGCAUCCUUCCAUCAGUGAACAGAUGAUUAAAAUGUUGCAAAUAGGAGUUAAAUGUGUCGCUAAUUCAGCAAAAAAGAGACCUAAAAUAUCUGAAGUGGUGGAGAUGUUGGCGGACAUUGACAUAUUGAACCGAGUGAGCCGCUCUUUGGACUCAACGAGCCGGGAAGGAAAACUUGUAUUUGUUGAGGAUGUUAAUGUAGAUCCUAUAUUUGAGAUUGAGCAUUUACUGGAGGCUUCUGCUGAGGUGGUUGGGAAAGGAUCAUUCGGGAAUAGUUACAAGAUAACACUCAACAAUGGAAGUGUAGUUAUGGUGAAGAGAUGUAAAGAUGUGAAUCCAACAUUCAAGGAUUUUCAGAAUCAUGUCGAGUUAUUUGGAAAAAUGAAUCACACAAAUAUCGGUAGAUUAAAGGCUUUUUACUAUUCAAGGUAUGAAAAGCUUUUGUUGUAUGAUUAUUACACUCAAGGCUGCAUAUCUUCGCUACAUGGGAUAAGAGGUGAUGACUGGGUGACCAGAUUCAAGAUUGCUCUUGGAGCAGCAAGAGGUAUCGCUCACGUCCACGGACAAGAUCAGAAGCUUGUGCUCGGAAAUAUAAAAUCCUCCAAUAUUUUCCUCAAUGACCAAAAUCAUGCCAUUGUGGCCUUUGAUGCUGGAUUGGCAAAUCUGAUAAGUCCCGAGAGGCUGCCAUGUGUACUAGAUUCGGUCUACUGUGCCCCGGAAGUAAGAAACGUGGGGGGAGUGUCACAGGCUUCUGAUGUCUAUAGCUUUGGAGUUGUUCUGCUUGAACUUUUUUACGGAGAAUCAUCUCAAGACUUUCCAAUACCAAAGCUCUGAAGAAGAAUCCCCGAGUUAAUUGAUGGCCACUCAAGGACUGUCAGUGUUCUCAAUUAUCCCCAUUUCUUCAGCUGCAGCUCAAUCCCGCACAAAAUCCUUGGAACAUUCGUUGAAUUUCAAUCCACAGAGUAAUUUUUUGGGCGCCAAGCUCUCGACCCAGCUCUCAAAUUCCAGUCUUGUUGCUUCGAAACGACGUAGUUACGCUGUCGCCACCAUAUCCUUCAGCUUGCCCAGCAUAAAGACAGAUGGGCUUAAAAAUGAUGAGAGGGCCAAAUGGUCGGCUAGGGCGAUUAAAUCGUUCGCUAUGGGCGAAUUGGAGGCACGGAAGCUCAAGUAUCCGAACACCGGGACAGAGGCUCUACUCAUGGGCAUUUUGGUUGAAGGCCAUGUUGAUAUAUUUCCUGCUUCACGUAUCCCAAAGCAAUUACACCAUCUUACUAAGGCCAUAUAUCGCCCUUCUUCGUUUUCACCAACGACAACAGUAGGAACAGGCUCUAAUAUUAAAGAGAAAGGACUGCGUCUGACGACAGAACCUAACCUUCUGUAUUCGAUUUUGCAGCUGGUAUCUGACAAUGAGGUUAGGAAACUCGCAUACAUUGCUGGAAAUUCUGCACCACAUGCAAACCUUUUAGUCCUCGAUAAGCUUCUUUCAGCACGUCACGAGCUUUCUGAGGUCUUGGGUUAUAAAACUUAUUCUGAAUUUGCUCUGAAAGGGAAUAUGGCUUCAUCACCUGAAGUUGUUGUAUCUUUUCUGCAUGAAAUGAGUAAAAUGGUCAGGCCCAAGGCCGAGGAGGAGUUUAAGAAGAUUUUGGAUUUUAAGAGGGGAAGAAUGAGACAAUCUGUUGAAGACUUGGAGCCGUGGGAUGAGGCAUAUUUCACAAGAAUGAUGAAGUCCAAUGCUCACGAUCUGGAUUACUCAGCUGUUGCAUCAUUUUUUUCUUUGCCACAAUGUAUUGAGGGAUUAAAAUUUCUGUCUGAGUCACUAUUUGGUGUGAAAUUCCGGGAGAUUCCUCUUUGCCCUGGUGAAUCAUGGCAUCCAGAUGUUCUGAAACUAUCUAUACAUCAUCCCGAUGAGGGGGACUUAGGGUGUUUGUACCUUGAUUUGAGAUCACGAAAGGGAAAACAUCCUAUUUGUGCACAUUUUGCUAUCAAAGGGGGUCGUAAAAUCUCUGAUACUGACUACCAGUUACCGGUGGUAGCCCUAGUUUGCAAUUUCUCAGGUUCAAAACUCCAGUCAGUGAGGCUUCACCAUUCUGAUGUAGAAACUCUAUUUCAUGAGUUUGGACAUGCGCUUCACUCGUUGCUUUCAAGGACAGAUUACCAACAUUUUUCAGGGACCAGGGUGGCACUUGAUUUUGCUGAAACGCCUUCAAAUAUCCUCGAGUACUAUGCAUGGGACUAUAGGUUCUUGAGGACAUUUUCCAAGCAUUAUUCAACCGGUGAUCCAAUACCAGAAAACAUGGUAAAAUCACUGCUUGGAGCUAAAAACAUGUUUGCUGCGACUGAGUUGCAACGCCAGGUCUUCUAUGCAUUGGUUGAUCAAGAACUUCAUACUCAGCUGCCAUCCUCAUCUAAAGACUCAAUAUCUAUAGUAGCAGAUUUAAAAAGAGAGCAUAUGAGUUGGGGGUAUGUGGAAGGGACAUGUUGGCAUACCCGAUUCAGUCAUCUUGUUAGCUAUGGUGCAGGCUACUACAGCUACUUGUUCGCGAAAUGCUUCGCUGCCACCAUCUGGCAAAAAGUAUUACACGAAGACCCGCUGUCGCCAGAUGCAGGGUCUGCCCUUCGUUUUAAAUUUUUGCAGCAUGGUGGAGCAAAAGACCCGGCCGUCAUAUUGAACGAUCUUGUUGGAGAGAGUAGUGCGAUAAGGAAUCAGAAUGGACUCAUCCCGGACAUUACUAGCCUGGCCGAGGAGCUCACACUAUUCAACUAGAGCUUGCUUUCCUCGGAAAACAACAUGAAAGUAAAUUAGGGGCCAAUUUUGGAGGGAGGCAAACAAUUUUGAGGCAUGCGUCUGUUUAAAUUAUUAAUCUGUUUGUCUCUAGAAAUUUAUGCAUAUAAUUAAAUGUUUUUUAGUGGUAGGAAUUUAAUUGAAUGCGUAUGUAUUAAAUAUUUGUUGGGAUCAUGGUCUAAUAACGUUGAGCAAUGGUUACCAGUCUAAAUUUCAUACAUA